AUGGUCGCAAGUUCAUCCAGCAAGCAGGCCGCAGCCGCCUCGUCCUCUAGCAGCGCGAGCAAGAUGAAGAAGCCUUCGUCCAAGUCAUCUGCGGUCGGUACGCCCAAGAAGGCUUCCGCUGUGGAGGACGAUGGCGACGUGGUGCUGAAGCACAGCAAGCCGUUUGGCCAAGAAGGAUCGGAUGACGAAGACGUCGAUAUUGCCGAUUCGACCUUUGCCACCGCCCCCAUGGAGGAUGACGACGAUCUGAUGAUUGGCACGUCCUCUCCUGCUGCUCCCUCCGCCUCUGCUGCCACUCCCGCCGAGGCGUCGGGUUCGAAGCCUUCCUUCGCGCCGAUCUCAGCAUCAGCCGCCUCGUCCCUCACCGCGGUCGCCAAGGGUCAAUUGCGAAAGAUCCCCAUCCCACCCCACCGUCUCACCCCGCUCAAAAACGAGUGGCACAAGAUCUACACCCCUCUGGUCGAAAUGGCUUCGCUUCAAGUUCGAAUGAAUGUCGCCAAGAAGUGCGUCGAACUCAAAUCCUCCCGUUAUACCCAGGAGCAGGGGAUGCUCCAGAAGGGCGCCGAUUUCGUCAAAGCCUUCGCGCUCGGAUUCGACGCUGACGACGCAAUCGCACUGUUGCGCAUGGAUGACCUGUUCAUCGACACGUUCGAGAUCAAGGACGUCAAGACGUUGCAGGGGGACAACUUGUCCAGAGCCAUCGGACGCAUUGCGGGUAAGGACGGAAGGACAAGGUUCGCAAUUGAAAAUGCGAGUAGGACGAGAUUGGUCGUGGCCGACACGAAGAUUCAUAUCCUGGGCAACUUUGGUAAUAUCAAGAUCGCUAGGGAUGCCGUGGUGGCGUUGAUCAGGGGAAGCCCCCCCGGCAAAGUGUAUGCUAAUCUCAAGACUAUCGGUGCUAGACAGAGGCAGAGGGCUUAG